GGUGUACUUCAAAAUUACUUUGAACAACAUGACGAGUUUAAAGGCACUUCAAAUCUAUCUUUUCAAUUGACAUUUGUAGCAACAAUUUGCAAUAUCUUGAUCAAUUUACUAGCUCCCUUGGGCCAAUUAUUGUUGGCUUUGAUGGAAGCAAGAACCGUCUUGUUUUUGUCCAUUUCUUUUUGUUCUGCGGGUCUUUUACUUGCGAGCUUCAGCACACAGGUUUGGCAUCUAUACUUGACACAUGGUGUGAUUUAUGGUAUAGGCUCUUCCAUUAUGUUUUAUGCAAGUAACAGUCCCAUUCUUUUUGUUGUUCCCUUGUGGUUUGUCAAGCACCGAGGUAUUGCAUUGGGUAUUAUAUCAAGUGGUAUAAGUAUUGGGGGGCUUGUGAUGCCAUUGAUUAUGGAGCCGCUGAAUACCAGGCUAGGAGCAGGAUGGUGUUAUAGAAUAUUAAGUUUGAUCUGUUUUGCCGUGGGAUUACUAGCAUGUUGUAUAUUUAAGAACAAGGAGGUCGAAGAAAAGCAAGAGAAACCUAAUGUUCGUGAUAUGUUUGACUUUAGCAUUGCGAAAGAUGGCAAGUUUUUGCUAUGGUGUGCAGCUGAUAUUUUAUUAGAGGCAGCUUAUAAUGUUCCCUAUUAUUUCCUACCAUCAUAUGCCACUCAUCUCGGAUUAAGCUCUUCACAGGGUGCGGUUAUUUUGUCUGCUGGAUCAGGCAUGAAUGCAUUCGGAAGAAUCGUAUCAGGAUUUCUCGCUGAUUAUGUAGGUCAUGUCAAUAUUAUCAUCAUCUACUCGAUUAUUUCUGGGUUGGCUAACCUAGUGAUCUGGAGUUAUGCAAACACGUUUGGAACCUUGAUGGCAUUUUCUAUUAUCUUUGGGUUUUUUGGAGGAGCGUUCAUCACACUAACCCCAACCAUCACGUUAUUGACAACAGGAUUAGAAAAGUUUGAGUCUGGUCUUUCGGUAUUUCUUGUGCUGACGGUAAUUUCCAUGUUUGGGCCCAACUUGGCAGGAGCGAUUGAAGGAGUUUCGGGAGAAUCACAUCCGUUUGAUAGCUACAAAUAUUUCACAGGAGCUUGUUAUUUAGCUGGUGCAGUGCUGCUACUUAUAUUUAAGUUUACUUUAAAUAGAAACCCAUUUAUAAAAAUUUAA